GUUUUUUUCUUAUCGCGAACCAGGAAAUCGAGUUCUCUUCAUAAGACUUCGCGAAUACUAGAUGGCUUUGAAUGCGUUGACGUCAGUUUAUACUGACUCGGAAGAAGAUGAUGAUGUUCAUUCUGAUGAUGAAACCAGGGAUGGAAGAUCUUCGAAGGUUGAAAUUUUCUCGCAGCCAGUUUCGAGGCAAUCAACUCCGGCUUCUGUCCAUGGCAGCGUCAGUGGCGCAGCAACUCCUAUAGAACCAGGUAUUAAAUCAUCUGCCUUAGUACCUUACAUGGAUAUAACAAAUAAUGAGCUUAAUGAGACCGCAGACCUCAUGGACACCGAAUUUUCUGCAAAAGAAGGAAUCGUUGAGCGAUUAUCGGCUCCAAUACCCAAGGAUUCCUCAAAACCGGAAGAUCACAUAUCGGAAGACGAGGAUGAGUUGCAUCGUCACGAUAUUCGCGAGCAGAUCAGCCUUGAAGAAGACGAAUUGCAGGAAGUUAAUGAAAAGAAACGCAUGAAAAUGGAAGAAUCCCGUGAAGACGAGGAAAUUGUGGAAGAGGAAGUGUUGGUGGACGGAAUAUUUCUGCCGCCGGAACCAAAACAGAGGUGCUCAAAAGAUUUAGAAGCCUUUUUCGCGGAUUUGUUCGAGAAGAAAAGAAGAGGUAUUGAUCCGAAUGCCAGCAUUUUACAGAGGAAGGAUUUUAGGAAUCCAUCAUUGUACGAGAAGCUCAUCAGUUAUUGUCAGCUUGAAGAAUUCGGUACAAACUUCCCUCCGGAACUUUACGACCCAACCCGUUGGGGCAGCGAAUCUUACUACGAUGAGUUGGGAAAAGCUCAGAAGGCAGAUAUGGAGAGGCGGGAAAAGGAACGACAGCGGACGAAAGUGGAAGUGAUAGCCGGUACAGCCAAGAAGCUGACGUCGACUUCGACAGCGACAGCACCCGCGUCUGUUCCUGGCGUAGCCGAGGAACGAAAACGAAGCAAGUGGGACCAGGUGGGGACGAAUCCAGCUCAGGCGGCCAUUUUGCCACCCCCACUUCUGACGACCGCCAUGUCCGGUACCAAGGCUAUGGCCGAAAUCCCGGACAGAGGCAUGGGAUCACUGAACGGCGUGAAUGAAUCUCUUGGCACUAGUGUCCUGAAUGAAAAGCCAGAGGAAGAGUUAAUGCAAGCUAAGCUAGUGCUUGAGAAGCAAGCCGAAGAACUAGCCCAACUGAGAAACAACAGAACUCGAAUGGAAUCUGAAGUCCAGGACCUGACUGCCUCACUGUUUGAGCAAGCUAAUAAGAUGGUGAACGACGCAGCUAUGGACAAAUUUCUUUCCGAGAAAUCGCUCAAAGAAGCCCGGCUUCAAAUCGAAGGUCUUCAAGCUGAAGUUACAGCCCUAAAAACAUUGGUUUUGACUUCCACGCCAUCUAAUCCUAACCUCAGCCCUUCUCACUGCAACUCAGGCUUCUCUUCGCCGAGCAAGCUUUUCCGCAACAGUAAACGCGGUCAUCAGAAAUGUGCUUCGCAAGGAUCAGUACCGCACGGAACGAUUCUGCAGCUAGCCGGAGAAUCUGGACUCUCGAAUCUAUGUUGUGAUCACGAUUGUAAAAGAGGUCGAGGGAAACGACGGUCUGUGUGUCGGUCUCAGUCUGGUGACCUGUUCCGGUGUGAUGAGAAUUCCGUUUCUGACGUCUGGAAUGGCGUGGACGAAGAUGACGAUGAUGUCGCUUUUUGUGAUCCACUGCUUUUGCAAGCGUUCAAGCAAUGGUGGAAUGUGUGCAAAGAGCCGGAAUCAUCGCCCGUAGUUUCCCAGUUGAUGGGAGACAACGAUGGGAAUCAAUUGCCGAGCUUUUUGAAGGCGGUUUUAGAACAGGAAAUAAAUCCGUGUUUGGCGUUUCCAAACAUUUCGCUGACUUCCCAGGUUCGCGAAGCCAUGCGUGCGAACGCUGUCAUCAUCGAGUGUCGCACGGAAACUGGAGAAGGGAAACGGGAAUGUCCGCUGUUGGAAACCAAGCGAAAAUGCGAUUACCUUUUGAGAUUGUGCGACAGUGAUGCCGGUGUACCGAUUUCCGAGCUGUGCAGGAACAGGAUCACGGCCGUUUGCGAUUUCUUGAACUACUUGAAGUACAUUCAAACCGGACUUGUCAAAGCUUCAGAUGAAGCUGCGUUCCAAGAAGUGACUCGUCUGCGGAAAAACAUGUCAUUGGCGAAGUUGGGAUGCAAAAUUGAUUGAAAUUUUGGAAAAGUUUCCUUUUCAUGAGCGGCGGGCAGCGAUGAAUAAAUCGUCGACUUCACCGAAAGAUCUGAUGAUGCUAUGUGUCAAUGAGAAGCAAUCUGUGAACAGAACAUAUUUUUCAUAAUCUCCGUGAUCCUCUAGCAUAAUUUUCACCGCUGAGCAAAGCUUUUCGUUGAUCGGAUAUUCUUUUUCCGAAAUUCGAAUGCUACCAUGUGACAAUGGAGACUUCCGGACGUGUUUCUAAUUCAGAGAUGGAUAUUUUACUACUGUAUCAUGUAAAACCUCACCGGUUGUGAUUUUGGGUUUUAUUUUUGGGAGGUAGGAUUGCACAUGAAUGCGAUUUUCAUGAGGGAUGAUUUUUCAACGCUCGCCUCUGUAAUAUGUCCCAUUUCGAGGUGAUGUCGAGAGCAUGAGCUGAAAACAUAAUCGUGGGAGUCGAAAUCCCUCUUUUUGUUGAUUCCACGGCAACGUUUUUUGCAUCACUGUGUAUCCAUCAAACUUAUAAACGCCGAAAAUGUACCCCGAGAUUCCUAAAAUGACCUCAGUAAGUGAGAUUCUGCGGGAAAAUAUUUUGAAUCAUUCCAGUCCUCGGAAAAUCAUUUUCAAGUUACCUGUACUUGUGCAAACCUUACGUGAGAUUCAUGCGUACAUUUGCAAACGUUGAAAUAAAUGAUUGUUUCGUUCCUUG